UUUCAGACACCAGCGAUGCUCAAGGCAGGGGAGAGGGCAGCUACAACCUUUCCGGGCCUUCCCUCCUCUCUCUUGCUUCUACUUUCACUUUCAGUCCCCACACGUAGAGGCCUCAGCUGCAAAGGAUGCGCGGGACAGCGGGCCGCGGCCCCCAGAAACUCAGGGUCUGUGCCAAUAGGCGAUUUUAGGAGCAAGAACAAGAUGGCUUUUUUGCCACAUAAGUUACCACUUAUGACUUUACCAUCACUGUUAACUAUUUUGAUUGUGUGGACUUCUACAAGGUGCCAGAGCAUGGAACCAAACUCUCCAAGAGCUACUAAUGGAGCUCCAUUUCCUUGGAAUAACAUGCGACUUCCUGACUACAUCCUUCCAAUUCAUUAUAAUCUUAUGAUCCAUGCCAAUCUCACCACUUUGACAUUCUUGGGAGUCACUGAAGUAGAAAUCAUCGUCAAUCAGCCCACCAGUUUCAUCAUUCUACAUAGCCAACACCUACAGAUCACCAAGGCAACCCUCCAAGAAAAAAGCCAAGAUAAUUGGGCAGAGCUGCCACUGACUGUUCUGGAGUAUCCAUCCAAUAACCAAAUUGCACUCAUAGCCGGUCGACCCCUUCAGAUUGGACGUCACUACAUAGUUACCAUUGAAUAUGCUGCCCCUCUUUCUGAGUCUUUACGUGGAUUUUAUAAAAGUUCUUAUAGAACUCAGAAGGGAGAAGUGAGGAUACUAGCAUCCACACAGUUCGAGCCAACAGCAGCUCGGAUGGCCUUUCCCUGCUUUGAUGAACCCGCCUUUAAAGCUAGUUUCUCAAUCAAGAUUAGAAGAGAACCACGGCACCUUGCUAUCUCCAACAUGCCAUUAGUGAAAUCUGUGAAUAUUGCUGAAGGACUAAUAGAGGACCACUUUGAUGUCACUGUGAAGAUGAGCACUUACCUUGUUGCUUUUAUUAUUUCGGAUUUUGAGUCUGUCAGCAAGAUGACCAAAAGUGGAGUCAAGGUUUCUGUGUAUGCUGUACCAGAGAAGAUAAACCAAACAGGCUAUGCCCUGGAUGCUGCAGUAACCCUUCUGGAGUUUUAUGAGGAUUAUUUCAACAUUCCAUAUCCUUUACCCAAACAAGAUCUUGCCGCCAUCCCUGAUUUUGAAUCUGGUGCCAUGGAAAACUGGGGAUUGACAACGUACAGAGAAUCUGGACUGUUGUAUGACCCUGAAAAAUCUUCUGCUUCCAGUAAACUUGGUAUCACCAUGAUAAUAGCCCAUGAACUGGCCCACCAGUGGUUUGGGAAUCUUGUCACUAUGGAAUGGUGGAAUGAUCUUUGGCUAAAUGAAGGGUUUGCAAAGUUUAUGGAGUUCGUGUCUGUCAGUGUGACCCAUCCAGAGUUGAAAGUUGAAGAUUAUUUCUUUGGAAAAUGUUUUGAUGCCAUGGAGAUGGAUGCAUUAAAUUCUUCUCAUCCUGUGUCCACACCAGUGGAGAAUCCUGCUGAAAUUCGGGAAAUGUUUGAUGAUGUUUCUUAUGAAAAGGGAGCUUGUAUCUUGAAUAUGCUAAGGGACUAUCUUAAUGCAGAUGUAUUCAAAGCUGGUAUUGUGCAAUAUCUCCAGAAAUACAGUUAUAAGAACACCAAAAAUGAGGAUCUGUGGAAUAGUAUGACAAAUAUUUGUCCAAUAGGUGAUACACAAAAGACAGAUGGAUUUUGCUCAAGAAACCAACCUACAUCCUCACUUUCGCACUGGAGCCAGAAGGUUGUUGAUGUAAAAGCUAUGAUGAACACGUGGACGCUACAGAAGGGCUUUCCAAUGAUCACUGUCACCAUGAAAGGAAAGAAUGUCCAUAUGAAGCAAGAACUCUAUAGGAAGGGAACCAUUCACUCUGCAGAAACAGGGUACCUGUGGCAUAUUCCACUGUCAUACAUUACCAGCAAAUCAGACAAAGUUGAAAGAUUUUUGCUAAGAACAAAAACAGAUGUCCUCAUCCUCCCAGAAGAGGUAGAAUGGAUCAAAUUCAAUGUGGGAAUGUAUGGCUACUACAUUGUACAUUAUGAGGAUGAUGGAUGGGAAUCUUUGACUGGCCUUCUAAAGGAAAAGCAUAUGACAAUCAGCAGCAAUGAUCGGGCGAGUCUGAUUAACAAUGCAUUUCAGCUUGUCAGCAUUGGAAAAUUAUCCAUUGAAAAAGCUUUGGACUUAACCCUAUACCUGAAACAUGAGACUGAAAUCAUGCCUGUCUUUCAAGGUUUGAAUGAGCUGAUCCCUUUGUAUAAGUUAAUGGAGAAAAGAGAUAUGAGUGAUGUAGAAACUCAAUUUAAGGCUUUCCUUAUCAGGUUACUUAGGGACCUCAUCGAUAAGCAGACAUGGACAGAUGAUGGCUCAGUCUCACAGAGGAUGCUGCGCAGUCAACUCCUUAUGCUUGCUUGUAUACGCCAGUAUCAACCUUGUGUUCAGAAGGCAGAAGACUAUUUCAAGAAAUGGAAAGAAUCCAGUGGAAAUUUUAGCUUACCAAGUGAUGUGACCUCUGCAGUGUUUGCUGUUGGGGCACAGACCACAGAAGGCUGGGAUUUUCUCUUUGAGAAAUAUCGGUCGUCUUUGUCCAGUACUGAGAAAUACAAAAUUGAAUUUGCCCUGUCUACUAGCCAUGAUAAAGAAAAGCUUCAAUGGUUACUGGAGCAGAGUUUUCAGGGGGAUAUAAUAAAAACUCAGGAGUUUCCAAGUAUUCUUGGUUUGGUUGGCAGAAACCCAAAGGGUUAUCUCUUGGCUUGGCAAUUUCUGAAGGAAAAUUGGAACAGAAUCAUAAAGAAGUUUGAACUUGGCUCAAAUUCUCUAACAUACAUGGUGAUGGGAACCACAAAUCAGUACUCUACAAGAGAACGACUUGAAGAGGUGAAAGAAUUCUUCAGCUCUUUGAAGGAAAAUGGUUCCCAGCUUCGCUGUAUCCAGCAAACACUUGAAACAAUUGAAGAAAACAUACGCUGGAUGAAUCAGAAUUAUGAGAAAAUCAGAGUGUGGUUACAAAAAAGCACCAACUCAUUGUAACUUUUCACAUCUUGCCAGGUUCCUGUGAUCUACUAUAAUUACCAGAUUUUGUGAUAAAGGUGAAUUUACUAAGAAAAAAAAAGCUUUUUUGCUACAAGGUGGAUAUAUUUUCUAGCAUCUAAAAAAGAUGGUUUCUGGCUCAACUCCACUCAUUUUUCUACCCCCAUGACUAUUCAUUUCUCUCAGCAGGAUUAUUGACAUAGAUAUUUACAGGUGCCAAUGCAGUAUAAGCCUUGUACCAAAAUGUAAAGGAUGCUUGGUUGUUUUUCAUCUGAAUCCAGGACCUACUGCUAUCUACUAUGUAUUAAGACAAGUUUCUUCACCUGUAAAAUAAAGAUAACUCACACGCAACCUACCUCAAAAGGUUUUAAGAAAGAUCUUUAUAAACCUCACAUUGCUAGACAAAUCUGAAUAUGUAUGAAGCAUAUCUAUUAUCAUGUUUUUUCUCCUCCAGGAAGGAAAAGUGAGAGGAAUAUCAUGAUGAUUAUCUUGAAACUAGUAGGGGCUAGAACAAAUAUGGUCCAAGAUUAGAAUACAAAUUUAAUGUUAAAAAAAAUUAAGAGUUCCUAUUAAGGCUUAGCAUAGGGGUUCUUACCCUGGAGCAUGUGGACCCCCAGGGGUGAGGCCCUUGAACUUAAAUGGUAAAAAAUUACAUUUUUGUUUCAACAUAAUUGGUUUCCUUUGUAAUCUUUGUACAUAUGCUAUUUAAUGAUUUUAAAACAACAUUCUGAGAAGAGGUCCGUGGUACAAAAGGGGCUAAGAAGCAAAAACGUUUAGCUGAGAUUGAGCUGGAGUGAUGUUGCUUGGUGAUAAGGUGGUAGGAAGAGAGAAGCACAAAUGAAUUAAUUCGGUCUGACCACGAGUGCUGAAGCAGUUAGGAAAUUGUAAUGCCAAUGAAGAACAAUUAGGUCAAAGAAUAUUAAUUGUAUUAUCACUAAAUAUUUUAAAUGUUAAAGUAUUUAAAAUGUUAAAUGUUAAAAUGUUAAAAUACUGCAAGAUGACUGAAACUAGUUAAACACACAAGUCAAAAUGAAAACCAGCUGCCUUUGUAGUUUACAUGAAUUAAAAAAGAUACCUUGGAUUUCGUAUUAGAACAUAUUAGGCUUCUUAAUAUUUUGGAAUAAUGAUAUUUCAGUGGAGAAAGACCUUGAGAUGUAGUGACUUAAAAAAAGAGUAUUAAUGACACUUUUCUAGAUAAUGUUUCAUGAAGUUGCAUUUUCUGUUAUUUGAGAAAUUUAAUGAUCAUACUUUUCAGUUUUUUCUUAUUAAAAAAAACACAACCAAAACUAAUGAAAGUAAUUUUAAUGGAAAGUUUGUUGUUUUAAAUAAAAUCGGAUCCAUUUGAAUGAAA